UCUAUUGGUGUGUUAGGACUAGCGAGCGUACGCCGCUGUUACCCCUCCUGCAGCCUUCACUGCUACAACAACGACGAGCCUGCUUUCUUCAACAAGUAGCACGCGCCGUUGCGCUUAUCUGUAGUUGUUGCAACCGCUGCGUGCCACUGACAAUAAUAAGACAGUGCCUGCUGCAGCUGCUAGAGGGCGACCGACGUCGCGCAUCAACUAGCAGAGCUGCGGUUCGCUUGUCAGCGGAACGAGCGAACGUGUACGUCCAUGUCGAGCCGAGCCAGGCACCAGGUCCGGCCGGGCAAAGUAAGUGCAAGCAACAGCGAUCCAAUCGGUAGAAAGCAAGUAAAAGCCGGAGUAGGGCGAGCGGAUUGCUGGGCUGACCAAGCAGCCCUACGCGGUGGUAAUCGACAGAGAGGUAAGAAGGCUUGGUGGAAACUGUUUUAUUGCUGUGGCUAAAAAGUCAGUCGUCCAGUUCCAGCUAAUACUGCAAUGUGCGAGCCGUACCAUGAUCUUGUACUCUGAAAGAACAGCUACAGCUUACUCGACGGCCAAUCUCUCAGGGUGGACAGUUAAGUAACGGAAGUCGGCGAAAGCCAGGGACAGAAGCCAGCCUGCUUGGUAGAGGUCCGUUGAAAAGUGCAAAAGCUUAGAGCCAAGAGCCUAAAGCCGUUAUCCGCCUAGCAACAAGCAGUUUAGAGGUGGUUCAGCUGUACGCGCUGCUGGUUAGUUUAUCGUGGGGCAUUGGCAAGGUGGCAUCGAUAGCAUUCAUGGUUGUCAACGCCCAACUUCGUACGGUCAACGUCGAACGUACGUGGCAGGGAGUUUUAACCGAGGGGCAAUUCAACCUCAUAACAUUAACAGAGGCAUCACAACUACUAAUUAACUUGUUAGCUUCAUGGUGCUGCUACAACGUUUAUUGUUGUUAGAUCUACGUUUGACAGUAAUUGUGGCUUCCUGUCAGGUUGCAGGAGGCCGUUCAGGAGUUCACCUCGACGAGACCAGAAACAGAAACCGCUUUAAGGCAACGAGAAAACAACUGUGCUUAGAAAAAUGAAGAAAGCUACCAGACGUUUUUUAGUGCAAAUCGUAAGCUACAUUUUCGCAAACGCUGAAUUCGUAGAGCCAAACAUAUCAAAUUAAGUUUCGUCAACUUCACAACUUCAAGGUUCAGUUGUUUGCAAGCGAGAACCACACUUAUUUAAUGAAGUCAAAUUGCGCUCACUAGCGAUAAAGCCGACUCUCAAAAUUUUAGCUACUAUUUCCUGUCAUAAAGGCACUUGGAAUUCGCAAGUGUCUCUGAGGUAUUCUCGCUUUUCUACGCUAAACAACAGCUACAUCUUGUUAAUAUUAUGAAGACACUGCUAUUAUUGAAUCGUGACGCGCGAAAGGCAUAGAUUUUACAGUGUUUCAGUUAGAAAAUUGUGAAGGCUGCCGCCUAAGGCAGCCGCGUAGAACUAAAACCUUAACCAGGGUGUUUCAAGUGUUUGUGCUCAAUGCUAUCCUAGUUGCUAGAAGUUCUCGUCAAGAAAAAUGACAGUGACAUCGACAAACGCGGCCACAAGCACGCCAGCCAAAAUCCGGUCUGCGUAGUCCUUUGAAGAGAAAUAGGCCUCUUAGAUGCAACGUCCGUAGUAAUAGUCAUCACAACACUGCGCGAAUCUGCAGACGGCAACUUCUACAUUUCGUCAGCUAACGGCUAAUGCGCUCGACAGUCGACUAGGAGUAGUUUAACGAAAAAUAAGAAAAUUAGAAGCGAUCGUUAUAUGAGACAGUGAACUGUGUCGGAAAAACUUUUUUUUUUUUGUGUUCUUUCAAGAAAACUCUGUCGAAAAUGGGGACAAGAUCAAGUAGAAUUGAUUCAAUGUAGAGCUGACAGUCCGGGACAAUUCUGACGUACUGUAAAAUCGUAUCGCUAAAAAUCCAAACUCAUAAACAACAAUUGUAUACAAAAUCAACAAAGACUAAUACGUCCAAGAUCAACACACACAGAGAAGUGCGGCAGACGGGCCAGGGCUUCUCCAUCGGAUCAGGAUCGACGGAGCCCCUCUAAGUCAGCCAAGCUAAGCCCGCCAGCGGAGUAAAUCCGAUCGUAGCGAUCAAAACGUAACCAGUUCUCGACGGCGUGAGCUAGCGAGUAGCUGAGAGUCUGGGAGGAGCUCACUUUUCUCGAAGGAAGACACGAAGCAGAGACACAGUUUGUCUGGCUUCCCAACGAGUGCUAUUCUCGGGUAGAUCGCCCGACAAACGCUCCGAACCCCUAUUCCGAUCUUUUGCGGCCGCCGCCUAUACAGCCAGCAAGCACUGUUUUGCAAACACACAUCGUAAUUUACAGAAUAGUACACACGAAUAAAUACAUACGUACACAAAAGCUCGCGGGCACAAACGCACCGAAUUCCGUGACGUUCAAGCGACACACUUCCAGCUAACGUUGGAUUUCGCGACUAUUUUAAUUGAAUCCUGCCGGCAUCCGCUUCGACUCUAGCGAUCUAGCGUUAUCCCACCCGUUCUCCCCGUUUAAUUAAUUGGAGGCAGUGGCAGUAGCUAUAAAAGUAACAGUAAAAAUUGUAGUAGGAAGCUCUAACGGCAAGCAGACUCUUCUUAUGCAGUUCUAUUCAACAAAAGACUACGUCGUAACCAGCUAUCCGUCACAAAAACACUAGGUUCUUGUCAUAAACCACCAGCUUAUUUUCUAAUUGGCAACGGAACAUCGAUUUUUAUAAUUUUUUCAGAAUAUAUUUCCGCACCGAAUUACAAUUAGAAAUUAAUUAAAGUUUGCUACCUAUUGGCAUUGUGUUGUUUAAUUAACUUUAGGUUAAUUCAUUGCUUACUAACCACCCAUUACAGUUCACUUCUCAAUACUCAAAACGAGGUCAAUAACUUCACAAAAUCAUAUUAUACAAAUAUACAAUCAACAUCUCCAUUCAACUAGGUUUAGACAAUCUUACAAAAAAGCACCAGGUCGACAAGCGACUAGGCAAGUAUCGACUUAGUAUUCCUGUUACCUGUGUCAACCUUCCACUAUUUAUAGUGGGUCGAGUUGCGUUUGGUUUACCUCAACAUCUUACAUCCCCGAAAAGCAAUGAUGUUUAGCAAAAAAAAUAUAGUGUGACCAAACAACAGUCGAAACAAAAGCGUCGCUUCUGCUAGUGUCGUUCAGCGCUUACCGAGAAGAAUCUCGACGGAAGUACAGCCCCGCGCCCACAGGCUGGCUUCGACCGUUGAGAAAAACUGGGUGGGUCGACCAACAGCGGCGCGCAAAAGCUCGAACGAGCGCAGCGCCCCCAAUAUUACUUCGCUAUAAAAAGCAGGGAUGGUGCAUUCGCGCGCCGAAGACAUGCCCUUGGAGACUCCUAACAGCGAGUGGCCAGGCGGUCCAGAGCAGCCAUCGCUAUCGCAGAUACUGGCGCAGCUAGAGGACUCGAGGCCUGGCGACGAGGUCCGAUCAUCCCGGCACAAAGACACUUCGGCCUACUCAGAGGCAGGAUCCUCAGAAACAGACAACCCACCGGCUAAGAGGCAGCUGCUCUCAGAGGGUGAGGAUGACUCUAGUUCGUCUCAGCAGAGUGGCAGCGCGUACAAUUCGCGGUGCGGAAGUGUCAGAGGUGGAUGUGGCAACGGCAGCGGCGUUAAUGGGGUCGGUGGCGUUGGUGCUGCUAGUGGUGGUAUAGGUAAACGCCAGGCAGGUGGCGUUGGCGGCGGAGGCGCGGGCUCCCAGAGCGGCGCCCACGGCGCCCUCUCCGCCGGGGGGAACUCUCGCAGGCGGAGGACGACGCUGAGCGCGCGCGAACGGAACCUGCGCCGCCUGGAGUCCAACGAACGCGAACGAAUGCGAAUGCACUCCCUCAACGAUGCCUUCCAGGCGCUACGCGAGGUCAUUCCACAUGUGGCGAUGGAGCGCAAGCUGUCCAAGAUUGAGACGCUUACCCUUGCCAAGAACUAUAUCAUGGCAUUGACAAACGUCAUAUGCGAUAUCCGCGGCGACGAGCGACCCUACCAAUUCUGCGAGGCGGAUGCUACCCUCGAAGGAGGUGCCGAUAACACUUACCGAGGUCUCAAUGUGGUGGGCAUUUGCAGAAACCAGAAUCCGGUGCCUGACGCCAGCCAGAUGAUUAGCCUGCCGACCGUCAGCGGUUUAAGCUCGUUGCAAACGCUUCCGCCGCUAAAUGGGCCCAGCGCCGAACUACUCGGCUUCGGCACCCGGCGAGAUCUCGGCCCAGCGGAUAUCAGCGGCACAACGGGCCUAACGCCUUGCUCACUAACGGACGAUGUUGCACCAGAUCAACUCGAGUGGUAAUCACCUUUUUUGCAUCCCGCACUUGUGUUCCACGCGUCACGUCGCCAAAGCACAGAUAGUAUAAUAGUUGUCGCCGCUAUCUGCUACAGUUAAUACAUUAAUAACACCGCAACAGAAACAAUGACAUUAAACGGGUUAGCAGCCAUUGUUCGCUACCAUCGUCGUCACCAAGACUCGAGCUGCUUGUUAUUUCAACGUGACUACAGCGUGUAACGAACGCGAUGAAGCCCACAUACUAAAACAAGUCCACGGCGUGGGUACCAGCAGGAACGGCAACGGCGCCAGUAGGAACUUCAAAUGGACGUAGAGACAUCGUGAGAAUCACACAACUGAACGCCAACUAAGAACCUAAGUUUUCGUUGUCCUCUCAUAACAGUACACGUAUGCACAUUUCUGUUUUGUCUAUUGUCUCAUACGAGUGGCGGUCAGAAGCGAUUCUCGUAAACAUAGAGUGCAUAUAGAAAUAAACAAGUGGUUGCGAAGCACUAGAUAUAAACAAAGCAUUGGUCCAAUUGCAUCAAUUGGGCACUGACCGGCCGGAGCUGAAAAAUCAACCGAGCAAUCUGCCUGCCACCUAACAAUCACUGUAGGAACGACGAAAAGCGAUAUAUCCUUGGCAAGCAAUACGCCGACCGCAAUGGCCACUAAGAACUAAGAUUGUUUAUGCGAAACAUGGGACAGGAAAUGGUAAAGCUGAAAUAAGCAUGAUUGGAUGUCACUUAGUCGGAGUCUGGGGGUAGCGCGAACAAGAUAAUGAGCCUGCGGCGCGCCAACUCGAAGAUGGGCCUGCAACAUACUUUCGCAAAUAGGGUUUUCAGGGUCAAUUUCAUGUAUAUAACAAACUUAUCUUUAGAUGAAUGCGUACCAAAAUAGGAUACCGAUAAAUAAGACGGCCGUAUGAAGCCAGUGAAGGUGAUCAUAAAACUAAUUAACAGGUGCAUGUACGAUAAUAUAUAGAAUAUUAAAGACCGAUAACGAAAAGGUGCAAGGUUUUAAUCCAACUAACAGAAACAAAGGAGCACGAUGGGUAAAGAUAGAAAAAGGGCAAGGCAAACGAAUAUAAUAGUUGAUAAGUAUACGGUGUCGCAGAAACAUAACAGAAAGAAGUGUUGUUAGUAAAUAGAAAAGAUAGCGCGUGGUUAUACCAUUGGCUAACUAGCAGAGCUGCAAGGAUGUUAAAAAACUAACCAGGUCCCCUGUAGCACGAUAGUUCAUUUUUGCUUGUCGCAACGUGGCCCAACGCAAGUGGCAAGAGCAAGGCAAAAAAAAA